AUGGCCAUGUUUGAUGUUGCAGACAACCAUGACAUCAUCUCCAUGAAGCUGUACCAGCUGAUGGUAGAACACAGUCCUGAGGAGGAGAACCUGGACUGGACCAAGAUCCAGCCCAGCGUCAGCUUCCUCAAGUCGCCCAAAGACAACAUCGACGACCCGACGGGGAACUUCCGCAGCACGCCGCUGACGGGCUGGAAGGUGUUCCUGCUGCUGCUGUGCGCCCUGCUGGGCAUCGUGGUGUGCGGCGUGGUGGGCGCCGUGGUCUUCCAGAAGAGGCAGGAGCGCAACAAGAGGUUCUACUGAGAGACGUCCACCAGGGGGCGCUGGUGACGGAGUGGACAGUUGAAGCACAUUUCUUCUUUUUGAUUGUACAGAUGUGUUGGGAUCCUGGAAGCACUGCUGGCUUUUCUUCUUUUUUUUUGUUUUUUUAGGCUCCUUUAGUUGGCAGAUUCAACAACAUCCUGGUUGCUAUGGCAACCGCUGCCAUCCGCACUCGUUUCCUUUCUUUGCUGAACUUCCGUGUUUGUUAGUGACGAGCACACUCUCAAACUUUGAGCCAAACUCUCUAAAGUCUCCUUUACAUCUUGGAAACUUUCUUCCCACAAGAUGCCCCAAAAAGGUGUUCACGGAAUUUGGAUGUUGCACCUUUUAAUAUCUGCAAAAAUGUGACUUGUUGCUUCUUCUUUUUUCUUAAUCAAAUGAAAAAAACAUGCUUUGAGGCUAAAUUACUUUAUUAUUUUCCAUAAUGUGACCCUUUUUUGUUUGUCGGCACAUAAAGGUGAAUAAAGACAAGUUACUGUGAGUGUC